AUUUGUUGAACCCCCACCCCCGCAAACCUCACUUCCUUAUGUAACACAGUCAUCAGGUUGGAGUUUGAAUUCUUUUACAAACAGACGCCGGGCUCGCUCGUCCUGACGUGACUCAAAGAACAUUUCUCCACUGCUUCAGGAACUCAAGACUCGUUUCCAUGGGGGGCAUCCCAGGAGUGUCACUUCUCUUUCUGGCUCUCAGUCUUCCCCUCCUGAUGAGUCCCAGUGUCGAGGGAGGAAAGAUUCUGGUGUUCCCGGUUGACGGCAGCCACUGGGUCAACAUGAACCUGCUGAUCCAAAACCUCCACGCCAGAGGCCAUGAGGUCACCGUGGUCCGUACGGCCUCCAGCUGGUACCUCAAAGAAAACCAACCACAUUACAGCACCAUCUCCAUCACCCUACCAGAGGCCAUCUGCAUAGAGGAGCAGGACUUCUUUGUAACCUUCCUGGUCAAGAUGCUGGCAAUUAAGAAAGCAGGGGGGUCUCCCAUAGCCUUUAUGGAGUUCUACUGGGAGAUGCUCACUUCACUGUCAAAAAUUCACCAACAAGCCAGCCUGGUGGGGGUGGAAAUACUUGAAAACAAGACUCUACUGCAGAGCAUCCGGGACACUCAGUUCGACAUAGUUCUGACCGACCCAGGUUUGCCCGUUGGAGUUAUUGUGGCUCACGAACUUAAGCUGCCAACUGUGUUUAACGUGAGAUGGAUCACCAGUGGAGAGGGGCACUCUGUGGUGGCUCCAUCUCCCACAUCCUAUGUUCCAGCAUCAGGAUACGCCGCCUCGGACAAGAUGAGCUUUGUGGAAAGAGUCCAGAACAUGCUCUUCUUUGUCCUCAACAUGUGCAUCGACAAAUACAUAGUAUGCCCUCAUUACGAUAAACUUGUGGAUCGGUACUUUGGUCCAGAUGUGAACUUCUAUCAUCUUCUUCAAGGAGUGGACAUGUGGCUCAUUAGGGUGGACUUCGUCUUUGAAUUCCCCAGACCCACCAUGCCGAACAUCGCCUACAUUGGUGGCUUCCAGUGUAAGCCUUCUGAGGCUUUAUCGGACGAGCUGGAGGAGUUUGUGCAAAGUUCAGGAGAGCACGGAUUCAUCGUAAUGUCUCUUGGCACACUGGUCAAAGGUCUACCGCUAGAGAUCACCUCUGAAAUCGCUGCCGCCUUUGCCCAAAUCCCUCAAAAGGUGAUAUGGAGGCAUUUAGGUGAACCCCCAAACAAUCUGGGCAACAACACCCUCCUGGUGAAGUGGUUGCCCCAGAAUGAUCUCUUAGGUCAUCCGAAAGUCAGAGCCUUUGUGGCCCACGGCGGCACCAACGGAAUCUACGAGGCCAUCUUCCACGGAGUGCCAGUCGUAGGCAUCCCCCUUCUGUUCGACCAGUUUGAAAACGUUUUAAGAUUGGAGGCAAGAGGAGCCGCCAAGUCUGUUGACGCAUCCACACUCACCAGCCAGAGCUUCCUAGAAGUGAUACAAGAAGUUCUUCACAACCCGUCCUACAGCUACAACAUGAAACGCCUCUCCUCUCUGCACCGGGACACACCGAUGCCCCCUCUGGACACCGCCAUUUACUGGAUUGAGUAUGUCAUCAGGAAUAAAGGUGCUUCACAUUUACGCACCGAGUCUUACAAGAUGCCCUGGUACGCCUACUAUUCUUUGGAUGUUAUGGGCUUUUUGGUGGCAAUCCUUUUGAUUCUGACGGCCGUUGUGGUGGGAACAAUAAGAUGUCUGUGCUUGAGACUGUGCAGAAGGAGAAAACCCAAGCAGGAGUAGUCGCUGCACAUGCAUACCAAAUGAAUACUAACAUUUGGCAGGCCACAAUUUAGAUCUUCAGCCAAACUCCAGAGACGGUGAUGUUGACCCUUCAAUCAGGAUGUGAACCACUUUGAUCUGGACUUAAAUAUGCAAACAACUGUUGAAUGCACUGCCAGUGGAUUUUUGUGCAGACGCUAAGAGUCCCAAGAGCCAUCACACAUAUCUCAUCUCAUCACCUCUCUCUCUUAUUCUCCUCUAUCCCUCUUUCAAGACCCAACUCGGUCUCAGCAGAUGUGUGUCUAACAU